AUGGCUGGCUGUGCCACUACCAACUCCAUGGAGACCCUUCAGGAAGCAGCAGGGUGCGCUAUCUGCCUGGAUUAUUUCAAGGAUCGUUUGUCUAUGGGCUGUGGGCACAAUUUCUGCCAAGGGUUUGUGAUCCAGCUGUGGGAAGGGAAGGAUGAGGACAGAGACGAGGAAGAAGAUGGAAGGGAAGAAGAGGAGGACGACGCAGUGGGGGCCAUUGUGGAUGGGACAACUUCACUCGAGAGGUUUUUUUGUUUUGUUUUGUUUUGUUUUGAUCAGAGGAAUGCCGACGAGGACUUCGAGGGCCAGGAAGAUGAACCCUGGGUUGGUGAUGGUGGCAUAAGGAAUUGGGACCAUAUGGAUUAUGUGUGGGACCGGGAGGAAGAUGAAGAUUGCGACUGUUACCCAGGUGGCUUGAGACGUGACCUGAGAGUUGAUGUCUACCCAGGAGAACAAAAGAUACUGGAAGAAUACUAUGAGGAGGAAGAGCUGUAUCCUGACGCCUGUCUGCCUCCUCCCCCAACCUCUCGGUGGCAGUUCACCUGCCUCCAGUGUGUGAGGAACUUUAGAUAAUUCCAGAUGUGUCCCACUCCUUACUGGAGGAGCGGGGAAAAUGAUCAGGGUAUCUGUUACAAACAUCAGGAAGCCCUGAAACUCUUCUGUGAGGUGGACAGAGAGGCCAUCUGUGUAGUGUGCUGAGUAUCCAGGAGCCACAAACACCAUAGCAUGGUGCCAUUGGAGGAGGUGGUGCAGAAGUACAAGGAGAAAAUAAUUAAGAAAUUUGUGAAACAUUGUAUUCUAAGUGUUGCCACAACUUUGAGAGGAAACUCAGGAAUCCCAUAUUUUUUUCAUCUACUUCUAAAACAUCAGUUCAUCCUUCUUUGCUAUUAA